GAGUGCAAGCCAUUGUAAAGGCAGAAUUGUGUUGCCAGCCACAAUAUACCGUGGUUCUUGCGUUCCAAGUGGCACUUGGUACGAAGAUGUACCUAAAUUUCCUUAAUCAAGUAAAUACAUCAACAAUUUCUUCUUUCCAAAGGGCUAAAGAUCAAAGUCGUUUGCAUUCUCUUAAGGAGCUAGAGAAGGUUCAUCAGAAACUGCACAAAGUAAUAAGAAAUCUGAUAAUUCAAAGUGAAAGGGAUAAAGUAGAUGAGCUUAUACAAUCUCAGGCCACUUCGCUAAAUAAUUGUCCAGAGGUUAAGGCAAGUGGCAGAAAAGAACCAGUGAGGUACCUGCUAUGGAUUAGACUCAGUCGGGCACUCAGAGUGACAGAAUUUUUUGAGAAGUUGGAAAAAAACAUUCGCAUCAACUACAUGUUGACCAGGAUUGUAAAACUUUUUGUUGUCGAACUCUAUUGCACACACACAGCAGCCUGCAUCUUUUACUACCUCGCUACCACUCUGCCUCCAUCAAAGGAAGGCUAUACAUGGAUAGGAAGUUUAAAGAUGGGUGACUACAGUUACUCACAUUUUAGAGAAAUUGAUCUCUGGACACGUUACAUAACAUCUCUGUAUUUUGCCAUUGUUACCAUGGCAACUGUUGGUUACGGGGAGAUACAUGCCGUCAAUACCAGGGAAAUGAUAUUCAUUAUGAUCUAUGUCUCUUUUGAUAUGAUUCUCGGUGCUUAUCUUCUCGGUAACAUGGCAGCAUUGACUGUAAAAGGAUCGAAAACAGAAAGGUUCAGGGACAAAAUGGCAGAUCUUCUCAAAUAUAUGAAUAGAAACAAACUUGGCAAGCACUUAAGUAAUGAGAUCACAGAUCAUGUGCGAUUGCAUUAUGAGAGCCGCAGUUACACUGAGGCUGCUGUUCUUCAGGAUAUUCCAGAGUCUAUUCGAGCUAAGAUUUUGCAGAAGUUAUAUGAGCGAUGUGUUAGAAAGGUUCCUCUGUUUAAAGGGUGCUCUUCAGGAUUUGUCAAGCAGAUAGUAAGUCAUUGCCUACCACAUAAAGUGGAUUAA